UCUGUAUCGAAUCUUGAUUAGAUACGAGGCAACCUUAGGCACUCCACUCAAUGACGCCGCUUCCCCGCUUCUAUCCUAACAGACAACUAACUUGCUUAAACUCUACGCAAACAACCCCAAUCAAGACAACUUCAUCACUUCCGCCUUAUACUAGAUUUGUUCAUUUUGCAGUUCUCUCUUCAGUACGAGAUCAUACAGCAUGCAGUCUCGGGAAGCCUCUCACUCUGGUUCGUGGUAUUCCGAUAGCCAACGCACGCUAACCCGUCAACUUGAUCAAUGGCUUGCCCAAGUUCCGAAUGACAUCGAGGGCAUAGGUUCCCUACCAGUGCCUGGUGCACGAAUAAUAAUUGCUCCCCAUGCGGGCUAUGCAUACUCAGGACCCUGUGCCGCAUAUGCAUACAAGUCUCUAGAUCUUUCGAAAGCUAAGCGAAUCUUCAUCCUUGGACCUUCGCACCAUCAUUACCUCUCGACCCUUGCUCUUCCAGAGCUUACUUCAUACUAUACCCCGCUUUCCGACGAGCCACUUCCACUUGACACGGAGCUUAUCGCUAAGCUACUAUCAACCAAAGCAGUCAAGUCGAAUGGAUCGACUGUUAGCUUUACAACUAUGUCACGAUCUAUCGAUGAAGAUGAACAUAGCAUAGAACUCCAUCUUCCAUAUAUCCAUCGACUUUUGCAGCUUCAGUUCCCAAGCAAGCCCACCUCUCAAUACCCCUCACUUGUGCCGAUCAUGGUUGGAAGUACUUCAGCAUCAACCGAGAGUGCUUUUGGGGCCCUUCUUGCUCCGUAUCUGGAGGACCCGGCCAAUGCGUUUGUCAUCAGCUCGGACUUUUGCCAUUGGGGCUUACGGUUCCGUUACACAUACUAUGUUCCCCAGGCACCCAAACCGGGACCAAAGCUCCCACUUUCCGCUAACUCUCUCCCCCAACCAGGAGAUGAUAUCAGCAAUGUAGAGGAAAAAAUGGAAUCAGUUUCCGCCGGGCAGUCUUUGCAGCGGCGGGAUCGCAUCUCGAGUCGAGAACCAACGAUCCAUGAAAGCAUCUCGGCCUUUGAUAUCGCAACUAUGGCUGCUAUAACUACCGGUGUCACUGCAAAUUUCCUGGAUACGAUCCAAAGAACAGGCAAUACGGUUUGUGGCCGUCAUCCAAUCAGCGUGAUGAUGGCUGCUAUUGAGGAAAUCACGAGCCAGGAAGAAGGAAAGAAGGGCAAGUUCCACUUCGUAAGGUAUGAGAGAAGCUCGGACGCCAUUGAUGUGGACGAUAGCUCCGUGAGUUAUGUCUCGGCAUUUGCUACGCUAUAGUCUGUUCUCUAGCCAUUUCUUUCCUCUUUUUUAUCUUUCUCUUUUGUGUUAGGUUUCUUUGAUCUCUCACAGUACAGCAUGCCCGCCUUAUUACUUGAAAGAGCGCUACUAUACUUUGCUACCCAGUGAAUAGGAUUGUUGGUAACAAGUGAUCACAAUUCAGUUAACAUGCAACUCUCCCCACACCAUCUUGCUUUAGCACUGACACCGUGAACUCUCUUCCACCUCUUCUCCGCAGUUUUACCAUCAUAUACAGACAUAUUUCGUCCAAUUGAACCGCUCCCUAUUCUCUCUGGGUAGUCUGUGUGACAGUAAUGCUACCCAAG